AUGGAAGCCUCAGACGAGGCUUCUAAUGUUCAUGGCGGCACGGGCAUUCUAUCGGUGCGAGUGCAAAGCACCACCAUGGGCGAGCAUGCUGUGACGGUAAAGCAAGACACACGCCAAGCACGGCUUGCAAAAGGAGCGUGGAGCAUGGAGCAUGACAAGGACCGCACCGUGACUGUCAGGGAGCGGGACACCAUGUGGCAGAUCAGGUUGCCCCUCAGCGAGCUGGCCUCGCUCCUCCUCACGCUGUGCAAAGGUGCCCAGGCUUGGGAGGUGGCAUUCAACAAGUACCCCCACAAGAAGAGCAGCGCUGAGAGCGAAUGGGUACGCUAG